AUGGCUCCUAUUCGCAAACCAACUGUUAGAAAAGAGUGUCAAUGCUCUAUCUGUAAAACCCAUGAAGACACAUGCGAUACAAUUAGUAGUGCUGUUUCUGAGCCUGUAAAUCAAGAGGAAGAUAGUUUUGAAUUUGAACAGGAAGAUGUUGAAAUGAAUUCUGAGCUUAGAAAUAAUGUCCAGUAUACAAGUGACACUUACAAAGAAGAAGAAGAAUAUGAAGAUGAAUCCGAUGUUGAGAUGGACAAUGCUGAAGAUUCUUUGUUGGAAUCAAUCUCAGAAUUGAAUUUGAUUCACCGAUUCAUUGUUAUUUCAGUUGCUCUUUUUGUCUCGCUAUACGUCGUGGAUGAAGGAGCUGUAAUCCUGAUUGCCAUAAUCAACAAGAUCCUGCAGUUUUUGUUUGACCCAUUCCGCCUCCCUGUGAGUGUUGCUGACCUCAAACGUUUGGCCGGAUUUGAAGUGUUAACAAGUGGUGUCAAGAAGUAUGUUGCAUAUAGCAAAUGCCAUGCCAUAUAUGAUAAUGAAGCUGCCCCUUUGCAUUGUACAUCACCCAAUUUUGUUGCACAUAGUGUUCGCUGGUCCGAACUGCAUCGUCUUCAGUACUUUGACAUUGUCCGCUGCACAAUCAUCGAUCCCAUGCACAAUCUUUUAUUAGGCACUGCCAAAAGAAUGCUGGGGAGAUGGGUUGCGAAUGGAUUAAUUGACAAUAAAAAACUCGUUGCCAUGCAAAAGGCUGUUGAGAAGGUAGUGUUGCCACCCAAUUACACAUCACUUGGGACAAAGAUUGCCAAGGGAUUUCCCUAUAUGAAGGCUGAUGAGUGGAAGUCUUGGUGCCUUGUGUACUCUCCUGUGGUUCUAAGGGAUGUGUUGCCAUUGCCAGAGUUCAAGAACUGGAUAGAGUUUGUUAACGCAUGCAGAUACUUCACCAAGCCUAGUGUUUCUAAAGAAGACAUUGAGAAAUGA